CCCGCGCCCCGUGCCCGCGGGGAUGGCUCCUUGCGGCCGCCGGCGCCUGCGGGCGCUGCCGGGCGGCGAGCACUGAGGCGGGCGCGGAGCCUGCAGGCAGGCUUUCCAUUUUAUGGAGCUGUGUGCCGGGGCCAGCCCAGCUCCCCUUCUGCCCGCUGGUGAUGCUGCCACUCCCUGUGCGGAGAGACCCGUGGCAGCCCCGCUGAGCCCGAGCGCCGAGGCGGUGGUGGUGGCCUCCCUGUGCACCCUGGCUGACUACUAUGGCUGUGUACUGCUAUGCGUUCAAUAGCUUGGUGAUGAUGAAUAGCAACAGCGAGGUGACAAGCAGUGGGAGCAAGACACCGUCUCCUCCCAGACAAGUCCUGCCCAGGAGCCCGGAGACACCCGGCGGCUGCCACUCACUCCCUGUCUUCAGCCCAGCCACUGUGCCGCCCCGCACGCCGUGCCUUGGCCCUGCUUUCUUCUUGCCACCGCCUGAAGACCCCCCGCAGCAGCUGGGCAGCCCUGGGGGACGGAGGGGCAGCCGGGACGGAGAUGGGCCACCAGGCUCCCCCACGGCACGGUGCUUGCAGCGGGAGCUGCACAAUGUCCAAGUGAACCAGAAAGUGGGGCUCUUUGAGGCACACAUCCAGGCGCACAGCUCUGCUGCCCACCUCCUAUGGAGCCCUGGGCCAUCCUCUCCUCAGCCGUCCUCGCCCUGGCCAUCCUCACCGCGGCCUGCCAGCCCCACAGCACCAGUGGUGGGGCUUGGCACAGGACCCCGGCUGCGAGCCUAUGGGGAGAGCAAGGACCCUGAUGCUGAGGAGGUGCUGAGGCAGCCGAGCACUGAAGGGUCCUUGGGGGCCCUAGUGAUGAUGGAGGUGCAGGCUGUGGGGCAGGCGGAGGGUAGCAGCCCUCUGGAGCCAUCAGGGCCCGGACAGCAGCAAGGAGACAUGGUAGUGGCCCCCACAGGACUGGAGGGCCGAUGCCCAGCCAUCAGUGGGAGCAUCCCUGCCGUCAUCAUCACGGACCUGGGGGGCCCGGAGGAGGAGGCAGGUGCCGUGCCCCCCAGCAACCUGCCCGUCCGGAAGCUCUCAUCAUCCUCAGCCUCUUCCACUGGCUUCUCAUCAUCCUGGGAGGAGUCAGAGGAGGACAUCUCCAGUGACCCCGAGCGUACCCUGGACCAAACACCUGCCUUCCUGCAGACCAUGGACCAGCAGAAGCCUCGAGUGAGCAAAUCAUGGAGGAAGAUCAAGAACAUGGUGCACUGGUCUCCAUUUGUGAUGUCCUUCAAGAAGAAGUACCCUUGGAUUCAGCUAGCAGGACAUGCAGGUAGCUUCAAGGCAGCGGCCAAUGGCAGGAUACUGAAGAAGCACUGUGAAUCAGAGCAGCGCUGCCUCGACCGCCUGAUGAACGAUGUCCUGAAGCCCUACGUGCCUGCCUACCACGGGGACAUUGUGAAGGAUGGGGAGCGGUACAACCAGAUGGAGGACCUGCUGGCUGAAUUUGACUCCCCCUGUGUAAUGGACUGCAAAAUGGGGGUCAGAACGUACUUGGAGGAGGAGCUGAUAAAGGCCCGAAAGAAGCCGAGCCUGCGGAAGGACAUGUACCAGAAGAUGAUCGAGGUGGACCCUGACGCUCCCACGGAGGAGGAGAACGUGCUGCGGGCAGUAACCAAGCCCCGCUACAUGCAGUGGAGGGAGACCAUCAGUUCAACAGCCACGCUGGGCUUCAGGAUCGAGGGGAUAAAGAAAGAGGAUGGCACUGUGAAUCGGGACUUCAAGAAGACGCGGACAAAGGAACAAGUCACGGAAGCCUUCAGGGAGUUCACCAGGGGAAACCGCAACGUUUUGAACAGCUACCUGAUCCGGUUGAAGGGUAUCCGUGCCACCCUGGAGACAUCCCCGUUCUUCAAGUGCCAUGAGGUAAUUGGGAGCUCCCUCCUCUUCAUUCACGACAAAAAGGAACAAGCCAAAGUCUGGAUGAUUGACUUUGGGAAAACCACCCCGCUGCCGGAGGGACAAGUUCUCCAACACAACGUGCCCUGGGUGGAAGGGAACAGAGAGGAUGGCUACCUCUGGGGACUGGACAAUCUCAUCCAGAUCCUGACAGAGUUGUCCCAGAACGAGGACUCGCAUUAAAGCCAUGCGUCCGACUCUGCCACUACCCCCAACCUGUUCCCAACUGACUCUUCUGAACUGCACUACAAGACACUUUCCAACCCUUGCCCUUCCAAUUUUAAAGCUAUUCUCUCCCUAUUUAAGGUGGUUUUGUUGUGUUGGUUUUUUUUUUUUUUUUUUUUUUUUUUUUUAAUUCCACAUGUAAAUACAGAGCUAACCCACCAGAACAACUCCUGAACUUGAAACCUUGGCUUCACAGAGUCAGUAGCAUGGCUGUGCUGGAGCAGCCUGGGAGGGGUUGGUUAGGCAAACACACAUUUUCCCUACCAUGCUUUUGUCUCAUGCAGCAUGGUUUUAAGGGAACCUUUCUCCCAGGGUGGCCAUGGAGAUACUGUGGGUCAGGGGAUGCUGCAGCUGGGGCCCUGAAGUGCUGCCCGGGCACGGGGCUGUGGUGGAGGAAGGAGCCUCUGCCUGUGCUGGGUUCAGCAGCUUUACCUCCAAAACACCUCUGGCCACACAUGGGACCCCUUAGUACCCAGGGUGGAUGAGCAAGGCUUGGAGAUGAUGAAGGAUUCUGGGGUUGAUAUCCUUUAGUUGCCUUUGCCAGCACCUUUUGCCCUGGGAACUGUCUUUGCUGAGUAUGUAAGAGUCACAAGAAUUGCAGAUUUGAGUUUUUCUCUUUGUGUUGGAGACAUUGCAUUAAUCCUGUGGUGAUUUCUCCAUUAUUUUUGAGUCACACUGGAGGGUGAGGGUUUUGCUCUCGCUGCAGGGCGAAGCGGUUGGGUACAGGUAUCUCCCAAGGCCAGGUGCUGUCCCCCCAUGUCACCCACCGUGGUUGCACUGGCUUGGUGGGCAAUGCCGUGAGCUCCUUACUGGUGAUCCACCUCCCCAGCUGGCAUCGCUGACCUUCCACAGUGAAUAAAGGCUUGGGGCAGGGCUGGCAGGGAGAAAAACAGCUUAUAAUGGACGGCUACAAGAUGUAAGGUAGACAUCCAGGUCAGUCAUUCUUUUUUUUGACACGCGUUAAGGGUUGUGCUGCCAAUGCCUGCUCCUGGCCCAGAACCACCCUCCCACCUGGAGCACCUCCAUCAUUUGUACCAGUGCCAGUUUCUUGCCCAGUGCUUCCCAGCAGGUGGGAGUUACUGCAGACGAGCAGCAUUCAAGGUGCCACAUUAGACUUGCAUGGCAAAGCAGAGGGGGGAGGUGAGGCACUCCUGUGCCUUCCCUUUUUCUUGCACUGCUCUGGCUCUGCCGCUACUCUCAGUCGCUAGCUUCCCAGCCUGUGUUUGGCCUCCCUGCUUCGAGUCCUGUGAAAACAACCAGUUCUCUAUUCAGGGUGGAGGCUAUUUUUUAACUUCCUGGAACAUUUGAACUAAGCAGCUUGCUCACAUCAGCACUGGCUCUCUAAAGGUCAGCUAUUGAUGGGCCGGCAGGACUGAGCUGCAGCCACAAACUGCACCUGCUUGAGCCCCAGACCCUGGCUCAUCUCACUCCCGGCAGUGAUGCUUGAGAGCCCCUCUGCCAUCGUCUGCUGAGUACCACUCCCCUGCUGAGGGUUGUCUUCUGGCAGCAAUAAGGAGGAUCGGGCUGUCGAGCCACCAGCAGCUGUGCCCCAGCCUUUUUCCCAAGGAUUAAACUCCCCAAGGUUUUUCUCAGCUUGUGUCUCAGCAGACAAAUGUCUUCAGCUCAUAUGAUGCCAUUGUAGAUGGUUGCAUUGUUGCAGCUCUUCAGCCAGGCUUUCUAGACUAGCCCUUAUGGAAGUGCCUUACAGACUUGCCUCUGUUCCAUUAGUGUCAUGGAAAAGGUUGGAUUUUUUUUUAAAUGUUAUAUUUAUUUUCAUCCCAUUUUAAUUGCACAGAACACUAAAGCUUCAUGCAUGGAAUCCCCCCCCCCUUUUUUUAACUGUGUUUUUAGUUUUUAAACCAUCCUUUUUCCAUCUUUGGAGAAAAGGUUUGAAGCGAUAUGCCUAGAUAUGUACCAGUUAUUGCUGUACUUUAGCUUUGUGCUCUUAUAUAUAUAUAUAUAUAUUAUUUUUUAAGACUUUAUAAAAUAGAUUCCUCACUUUGUGGCUUCAAAAGAAGCAGAUUGUUUCUCCCAGCUGUGUUAUGCCUUUGUGGAGGCUGGAACAGUUGCUGUGAGGUAUUUUCCCAGCUCCCACCUCCCCUUGCAGUCAUUGGGUAACAUGGAGAAAAAAUCUAAACUGGUCUGAACACCAAUGCACAGUGCCUGUAAAAAAAAAAUCCUGUAACUUUCCAAAUAAAGGCAUAUGGGAAGCAUC